AUGGCGAAAGAAGAAAGAGUUUCCUUCGAUUCUGAAUCGAACUCGGACCAUUCCCACGACGGCCUCCUUGGAAAAAAAGCAGAAAGCUCGAAACAACACUACAAACGCCCCAGCACAACACUCGUUGCGAUUGUGACACUUCUCAAUCUUCUCAUUUUCGCCGCAACAAGUUCAAUAUGGGCACUUUCUCCAAGGACUUGCAGCAGUCUCGAUGCUCAAAAGAAAGUUUCAUACUAUUCACCUGUUUUCGAUAGUGGUGUUCGGAUAGACCUGGAUGAGUCCACAAAGAAUCACACUCUCUGGGGAGACGACGAGAAUACCUCGAUAUACAUUCGGGAUCCAAGCCCAGAGGUUGAUGCCGCUUGGAAUCACAUCUCUGCUGACGCCUCUCCUAUCAUCACGGUCAAUAGCGAGGAAGCUAUUCGACUGGGAAGAGACCCGAAUGUCAUCGUCAAGGCCCCAGAAGAUUGGGGGUUUGGCGAUGAUGCAUAUCCAGCACAGAUUGACGUCUUUCAUGAAAUCCAUUGCUUGAACAUGCUGCGAAAAGAAAUGUGGUGGGACCAUUACUUUCGUCCUCGAUUUGGAGACCCAGCCAAUGCCGACUAUCUCCAUGUUCGCCAUAAGAGACAUUGCCUCCGGAUAAUACUUCGCACUCUGAUGUGUCAUUCCGAUGUAGACAUCGUUACACACAACUGGCGAAGGGGAAGUUACAGACCCAUUUCUGAUUUCAACAACCCCCGCAAAUGUCGAAAUUUCGAAGGACUGCUGCAGUGGAAUAACGAGCAUGCAGUCCCGGAUGAUAUGAAGAAGUGGAGGACUAUCAAGAGACCCGAGAAUGCUGUGAUACUGCCCAAACCGACACCUAACCUCUACACCUCGGAAGACAGCGAAGAAUGGAUAGACGGGGUGUGA